AUGAAGCAUUCGUUGUUGGACUUACGCUCACAAUUGCGGUUUUACAAGUUUUAUCAUCAUAAUGACACAAAUGUCGCCAUCCACGCAGUGUUUGUCCCAACGAUUCUGGUGACCAGUGCGUCACUGCUACACCGUUUCACUCUAUAUAAAUCUAUUACACUGACACAUGUAUUAACUGUAGGCUAUGCUGUGUUCUAUUGUUUACUAUCUCUGCCUGUUGGUAUGAUGGCCAGUGCAUUAUUGAUACUGUUGAAUGUUGCAUUGGAUAAGAAGUGGCUGAAUACUACACAGAGCCAAGACACGGGUAUAUUUGUUUUGAGUUGGAUAUGCCAAUUCAUAGGACAUGGUGUGUUCGAACGUAGGAAACCUGCACUGCUGGACAAUUUGGUGCAGAGUCUUGUAUUGGCACCAUAUUUUAUUUUAUUCGAAUUCUUAUUUAAAUUAGGUCUUUAUAAGGAUUUAAAUCAACAAUUAAAGCAGGACAUCGCGACGAUUUCUAAGUGA